AUGAGGAAAAUCGGUAAUAAGCUGGGAAAGAUAAUUCGCGUUGAUCAUACUACUAGUUUGGUGUCCAGGGGAAAAUUUGCAAGGGUAUGUAUGGAAGUGGACAUAACACAGCCGCUCAUAUCUCGUUUCACCCUGGAGGAAAAGGUUUGGCCGGUGGCUUAUGAGGGGAUGCACUUGGUCUGCUUUUCUUGCGGACUUUACGGGCAUAGGCAAGACUGCUGCCCGACGGCACCACAAAAGGAUCCAGAAGAGGCUGCUCAUGAGGGAACCGAACAGGGGCAGGCUGAGAGGAGUCAACAGUCAGCACGUGCUCCGCCAACAAUGGGGGUCGGAGGAUUUACUGCUAGACCCUAUGGUCCUUGGAUGAUAGCCCAAAGAAAGGAGAGGAGACAGAAUGGGAAACAGAUGGGGCAAGGUCGACAAGUUGCACAGGGAGGGUUACCAAGACAACUCGGGAGUAAUGACGGAGGUUUGAGUGCUGGUGGUUCACGGUUUUCUCCCCUGGAGAAUGACAAUGACACAGCUGAUCGAGCCGAGGAGGAGCAUCGACCGGCUGCUGCUACUGGUUCUGAUGAACAUUCGGGAACCCCAAUUCCAUCACAGGCUGAACACAGAGGACGGCCAAGGAGGGCUAAUGUCAUAGUGAGCGAAAAGCAAAUAGCGAAUGAUAACUCGAGUGGGGGAAUUACGCAACCAGCCGCGAAGGAGACUAUUACAAAUAGCAAACCAUCGAGUUCGAGGGUCCGUCGAGCGGCUGAGGAGGAUGAACAUGUUGUCAUUCGGGGUGAACAGGGAGGGAAGGUUGUUAGUUCGACCAGAGUUUCCGCCGAGAGAACUCCAAAGGAAAUUCCAGUGGACUCUAUGACGUUAAUCCCGGAGCACCAUGGUGACCCCCCUUCGCAACACGAUGAUGAGGGGGAUGUUGUGAUGGAAAUAGAGGAGCAUCAUGCGGUUUCGUUGGCGGAGGCAGGGCCGGGUGGCCCUCCCGUUGGCGUAACGGAAGCAGGACAGGAGCCGUGGUUUUAUACGGUUGUUUAUGGUAGUCCGUCGAACCAUUUACGUAGGAGGCUUUGGGUGGAGCUUUCUCUUUCAAAGUUGGGGUUCGUAGGGCCGUGGAUGGUAGCGGGGUUUAGUGGACCGAGUCUGACUUGGAUUAGAGGGAACUCUUCAGGGACUGUGAAGGGUGCUCGUUUGGAUAGGGUUCUGUGUAACGUGGAAUGGCGCCAACGUUUUCCCAACGUGAGUGUCGUUCAUCUUCCGAGAAUUUCGUCUGACCACGCACCGAUUUUGAUUCGGAGGGCAGAUGUGGUUCCGAUCCGGGUCAGAUUCUCUUUUAAGUUUCAAGCGGCAUGGUUGACAGACAAAGGUUUUUCUGGAGUCAUUGAAAGUAGGCGGAGAACUGGUUCACUCCAAGACAACAUCGCCAGUUUGACAGCUACUUUGGAUCGCUGGAACAGAGAUGUUUUCGGCAAUAUUCUUCGUCGGAAGAGGUCCUUGUUAGCACGAUUGAAGGGGGUGCAACGUCGUCUUGCAUCUGGAUUUAACGCUGGUCUUUUGAAACUUGAAAAGAAGUUGACGGAGAAAUAUCAUGAGGUCCUUUACCAGGAGGAGCUUCUUUGGUCCCAACGUUCCAGGGAGGAGUGGAUUGUUUCGGGAGAUCGGAACACUGCAUAUUAUCAUGCUGCAACUCUUAUCCGGAAUUCACGAAAUUCAAUCGUGAGCUUGCGCGAUGGUACCGGGGAAGGGAUCAUGGAGGGUAAUAAUCUUAAAGACCAUGUUCGUAACUUCUAUGUGCAUUUGUUCACUACGGAGGGGAAUGCGUACCCUUAUCACCUUUUAGAUGGCUCCUACCCACGUUUGAUGCCGGAAGAGUGGAGGGAGUUUAAUAAAGAGGUUUCUAUGGUAGAAGUUCACAAUGCUCUUACGAGCAUGGCACCGUUUAAGGCCCCCGGGCCCGAUGGGUUCCAUGCGGCUUUCUAUCAACGUAUGUGGGGGGUUGUCGGUAACACUCUCUACAAUCUUGUCAAAGAUGCUUAUAACACGGGUGCUCUUCCGGUUGGGGUGAAUGAUAACCUCUUGGUUCUCAUUCCAAAGGUCAAUUCGCCGGAGACUAUAAAGCAAUUCCGACCUAUUAGUCUUUGUAAUGUAACGUGUAAACUUGUUACCAAGACUAUUACUAAUCGGCUAAAAGCAGUGCUUCCCAAAUUGGUCAGACCUUUUCAGAGUUCUUUUGUGCCGGGUAAGCAGAUUUCCGACAAUAUUCUUGUUUAUCAGGAGAUUAUGCACACCAUGCGCACAAAGAAAGGUAAAACUGGGUACAUGGCAAUAAAGCUGGAUUUGGAAAAAGCGUAUGACAGGCUAUCUUGGGACUUUAUCGAAAUGGUUCUUAGGGACACUAGUUUUAGCGACCAAUGGACCCGGUUGAUUAUGCAUUGCAUUCGAACUCCCUGCAUGUCCAUUAUUUGGAAUGGCGAACGGUUACAGUCUUUCAGACCGCAAAGAGGAAUAAGGCAGGGGGAUGCGAUGUGUCCAGCAAUUUUUGUUCGCUGCAUGGAUAAACUUAGUCAAAUGAUUUCUCAUAAAGUGAGUUUUGGCGAUUGGAAAGGUGUUCGAAUGGACUCCAACGGUCCCAUUAUAUCCCAUCUUUGUUUUGCGGACGAUAUGGUCCUCUUUACGGAAGCUACGGUUGACCAAGUGGAACAUAUUCGCCUAUGUCUGGAGCAGUUUUGUGCGGCCUCCGGGCAGAAGAUCAGCUAUGAUAAGUCCCAGGUUUUCUUCUCACGAAAUACGGACCCUCGCGCCGCAGAGGACAUCGCAACACGUCUUGAAGUUAUGAAAACUGAUAAUUUAGGCAGGUAUCUUGGUGUUCCGUCCAUUCAUGGUCGGGUUACUUGCCAAAGCUUUAAUGUUCUUCUAGAUCGGGUCACUGGGAGGCUCGAGGGAUGGAAAACGAAAAUGUUAUCAAUGGUGGGUAGGGUCACUCUAGCCAAAGCGGUUCUAAAUGCUAUUCCUACUUACACCAUGCAAACGACGGUCUUACCGAAAGGGGUGUGUAUGGAGAUAGAGAAGAAAACCAGACAGUUUAUCUGGGGCAAUCAGGGCCAAGACACUACUAGAAAGAUUAAUCUUGUAAGUUGGGAUACGGUUACGAAGGAGAAAGUUGCAGGAGGUCUCGGUAUUCGAAGGUUACAAGAUAUGAAUCGGGCAUGCAUGGCCAAGCUUGGGUGGCAUCUCAUCCACGAGAAGGAGAGUUUGUGGGCACAAACCUUGCUGACGAAAUAUAAGACUGGUAGUGACAGGUUGGCGGAGUGUCACAUUACCGGAAAUACAUCGCAUGCGUGGAAAGGAAUUUUGGAAGCUUUCCCCAUUAUCGACGAUGGUAUGGUAAGACUGGUUAGGAAUGGACGGAGUACGCGGUUUUGGCUGGAUAAAUGGAUUAGUCGCAAGCCGCUCUCUCAGUUCAUCACGGCUCCUUUAAGCUUGCCUGAGCUUUAUGCGAAUGUGGCUGAGUAUUGGGAAGAGGGACGUGGGUGGAUGUGGGAACGUGUGCAGGAUAUUCUUCCUAUGGAUAUUAUGAAGAGGAUGGCAAGUAUCAUGCUCGUUGAUGAGGACUGCGAAUCCGACAGCUGCGCCUGGGCGCUGGAAGAUGAUGGCAGAUUUUCAGUGCGUUCUGCCUAUGCCGUAAUUUCGGAUUCUGAUCAGGAAGUUAACCUGUCCAAUUGGAAAAGGAUAUGGGAGCUCAAAGUUCCCAACAAGAUUUGUUUUUUUAUUUGGUUGCUUUUGCAUGGGAAAAUCUUAACUAAUGCUGAACGUCGUAGACGUCAUCUCACUACUAAUGAUUGGUGUGUUUGCUGUGCAGGGGUUGAGGAGACAUGCGAUCAUUUAUUCCGAUACUGCAGUGAGUCUAGAGGAAUCUGGGAUACAGCGGCUUGUAGUAGCCGGGUUCAUUCCAAACUCCAAAAUUUGGAUUGGACUCGUUGGUUGCUGACUAAUCUAGAAGGGGACCAGCGUUCGGGAUUUGGUGUCAAUUGGCCUGCUAGGUUCGCGAUCAGGUUUUGGUGGAUUUGGAAGUGGGGAAAUGACACCGUCUUUAAUGGUCGCAGCAUCACUUUUGACCAGAAGAUUCAAUGGAUUCGGCGGCAGGAGGAGGAGGUUCUUAACGCGUUUGCAGUAACGAGGAGCACUGGUGGUUUGGAGCAACGAGUUGUGGAAACCCUCAUCGCUUGGAAGAUGCCCGAAUCGGACUGGAUGAAAAUGAACGUCGACGGGAGUGUCUCCACGGCUGAUGGUAGCUCGAGCUGCGGCGGUGUUCUACGUGAUACUACGGGAACGUGGAGAGGCGGCUUCAUGUAUAAUAUUGGCAGCUGUUCAAUUGGAGAGGCAGAGGGUUGGGGUGUGUUCCAAGGGCUUAGUUUGGCUGCUCGCAUGGGGGUUCAUAACCUCAUUGUCGAGUGUGAUUCUUUGACUACAAUCGAACAGUUGCAAGGAAAAAGGCCUUGCCUGGGGGUUUCCAAAAAUAUUUUGCGCCGAUGCAUUGAGAUGAGGAGAGCUUUCACGAUGGUAGAGUUCUGUCACGUUUACAGAGAGCAAAAUAGAGUAGCCGAUGCCUUAGCAUGUCAAGCGCUUACCAAACAGAGCACUCUUUUGGAAAUAGUGGAUGCUCCCUUGGACUUGAGAGACAUCUUGCAUGAAGAUCAGUGUGGUGCUAGUUUUCUUAUGAAAAUCCCCGUCAGUAGGGCGGGUGAUAUAGCUUACUACAUAAUUACGGACACAACGCAGCCUGAUUGCCUUAGUUGUCCACUGAGGAUGAAGCUGCAUACCAACUAUAAAUGGCCAGACAUGCUGGGAAUAGCAAGAAGAAAUUAA